AUGAAGCAUCUACGUCUGUGGUCAAGGGGCAGGUGUAGGCAAUUCGCCAGGGCGCCCGCUUCCUUCUUAGUCUGGCAUUGCUCUGGGGCGAAGGCUCAUUAUGUCCUAAGCAUGGAAGGUUAUAACCAGGGGGCGCUCCUCCUCCCCGAGGCUGCCCUCCAGCUAGGGGCGCAAGGCCGGGAAGACGAGGGUCCCGGCGCGGGGAGGGGUGCUCGCGUGCAAAGGGAGACGCUCAGGAACCCAGUGAGCGCUCGGGCCUGGCGGGAGGCUGAGCGCAGAAGCCCCAGAGAACACAAGAUUAUUAGAUCCCUUCAAGUGGAUUUUGGGUUCCUCAAAGAAUUGCUUCAGUUGAAAUUUGAGGACCGUCUUAAAGAAGAGUCUUUUAAUCUCUUCACUGCUCUACAUGACAGGAUCCUAACAAUUGAAAAACAUUAUCAAGAGAAUGAGGACAUCAUAAGAAAAUGCUACAAUCAGCAGUUGGCUGAUGCCAUAGCUGUUAUCAAAGGAAUGUACAAGCAAUUCUUUGAGGUGGAAGAAGAGGCUUUUGUGCAUGAAUCAACUAGCAUCAAAAUGAGUGUUUUGUUAAAAAAACUGAAGGACAGAGAAGAAGUUAUUAAGGAAUUAAGAGAAGAACUAGAUCAAUACGAAGAGUCUAGACUUCAAAAAUGUGACGCUUUUGCCAGAGAGACGAUGCUAGAGAGGGAAAAUCUGGAGUACAAAGUGGCAAACGAGAGAAUGCUGCAGAUCAUUGCAGAGCUCGAAGAAGCAAUCCGACUCAACCUAAAGGAAAAUUCAGUACUAGAAGAUGAAAUUAUAACUCUGAAAGAGAAGGUAGAAAAGAAUCAUAGAACUAUUCAAAAGCUGUUUGAUGGUAGAGACAGAUUGCUGUGUGAGCUUGAUUAUGAAAAAGCAUUAGUUCAAGAAAUGAUUAAUAAACAGAAGGAGGACAUGGAAACAAGGAAGAAGUUGGGCAGUGUAGGCAGCAAGAGCCUGAAAUUAGUCAAGGGGAAAGAGACUUCCCUGUCCCCGUGGCCCUCACAGCCCAGGAUUCCAUCCAGACCUAGAGCCAGUUCAAGACCACACUCACCCACCAUCAGUACAUCAGUGACUAUGAAGACCAAGAAAGUUAAGACUCCAAAGAAAUCUGCAAAGGAAGAGCAGCCUUUGGUGAAGCACACAAAACCAGCUGCAGUGCAAGAAGAAAAGGUGAAAUUGCCAGUGGCUAAGGCUGAAGACACACGUGUUUUGGAGAAGCAAAUACAAAUACUAAAGGCUGAUUUAGAAAAUGAGAAAAAGAAGACAGAAAGAUUAAAGAAAGAAUCAGAACAGAUAAACAAAAACUGGGAAAAGAAGUUCUAUAUUCUCAGGAAUAGCUUUCAUGUCCUUAAAGAUGAGAUGUUUACCAGGCACACGUUGUUUCGUCAGUUUGCCGUGCUUGCUGACACGUCCUUCAAUUAUAUUAAAUUAAAACCUUUAUUUGUGCAGUCUAAAACAAACUUGGUAACAGGUUCUACAUCUUCUGGAAGUGAUCAUACGCCUUUGAUGGACAAAGACAUGGAUGUAGUCAGUGACCAGAUAUUUUUUUCCCCUUUAUCAAAAGAGAGGUUGUCGGACACGCCAGAGGAAGAGCCUUUGGAGAAGCCCUUGAUACCCCAGAACACCCCGGUGAACGAUAUGGACGCUGCUGAGUAAGGGGACCCGGCCCUGGGCUGCACCGAGCGGGACCACAGAGCUGGCCC